AUGGCUUCACUGACUCCUCAAGAAAUUUCCAAACUGGUUCAAGCAGCAAGUGAUGCAGCUCAGGCCGCUAGCAGUGCAGCCCAAGCUCUACGAGAUCAACAGCAGUCCAGGUCAAGCGCUUCGAAUUUUCAUGAGGCAUCAAAGGUUGUUAGACAGCCUGAUCCCUUUGGCUCAGAGGUCCAUGACACAGACUUGAACAACUGGCAGGAUUUUAGCACAAAUUUUCGAGCAUGGUUGUUCUACGCCAACCCCAGCUUUGAGUUAGAUUUGCACAGGAUUGAAGUCACCCAUGCUGACCAGCCCAUUGUGAACGUUACAGGUGAACCUGCUGAGACUCAGGAUCGUUGCAGUCAACUGUACAGCGUUCUUAUUGGAUUGUUGCGUGGGAAGCCACUUAGAAUGCUGAGGCAAAUUGAAGGCAGAAAUGGAUUUGAAGUUUGGCGUCAGCUUGUGCAGUUGUUUCAGCCAAAGACCAAGUCUCGAGCCAUCUCUACACUUAGCGCUUUGAUGAACAUCCCUGGAUUCACUCAGAAAGACCGCACUCUGCUUGACCAAAUUCUUGGAUUGGAGCCACUUCAACCAGCUGAUGCAGCUGAACCUGCAGAGCAACCCGACGUUGAUGUGAUACCAGCUGCAGAGGUGAACUUGAGACGCAAAUGGAGGUCUCGGCUGGAUCCCACUUUCAGUUGGACUGGAAGUGCCAAGUACUCCCAUGACACCAGCUCCUUUGCCAUUGACAAUGCCAAGCAGUUCUGA